UUAGAAUAAAGAUAAAAGCUGGUAUUGGUCAGUUCAUUGCAUUAAUCCGCAUGCAUAUAAAGCUUCCACUUAGAAGAAGAUGAUCAGUAUGUCUAGGAAUAUCAAUGCAAGCUUGUGUUGCAAGAACUCCGACGUUGUCUAGCUAUAUAUUGUACGUAUUCUAAUGGCAUCAAAGCUUCUGAUUCUCUUGUUUCUUCAUCUCCUUCCUCUGACAAAAUCUCAAUCUCCAGCACCAAACAUUACCCUUGGCUCCACCCUUUACACAAACUCCACUCCAAAUUCCUGGCCUUCUCCUUCGGGGCAUUUUGCGUUUGGGUUUUACCCUAGUGGUAAUGGCUUUAAGCUUGGCAUUUGGCUCGUAGGCAGCCCGAAUAACACAGUUGUGUGGACGUCACGUCGAAAUGAGACAGUGAUAUCACCUGGUGCGGCUCUCGCAUUCUCUGCGGAUGGUAGGCUCCUCCUCCAUAGCACCGAUGGACAAGUUCAACCAAUUGCCGAAACAACUCCACAGGCUUCAGUUGCUUCGAUGCAUGAUUCCGGUAACUUUCUUUUAUAUGACUCUAGUUGGACCAUUAUUUGGGCAAGCUUCAAUUUCCCGACCGAUACCCUUUUGGUUCGACAAAAUCUAGUUGUAGACCAGUUUUUGUACUCCAGCAUUUCCGAAACUGAUGCUUCAAUCGGAAACUUUAAGCUAUUGUUGCAAAGAGACGGAAAUCUCGUUGCUUAUCCGAUAAGAAGUUAUACGGAUGCAAAAUAUGUUUACUGGUCAUCAUUUACCGCAAAUUCCGGCAGAAAUGUGACAUUGAAUCUAAACGCCGACAGCCGCUUCUACCUUCUCAAUUCCACCGGGCGUAGUAUAAAGAACUUCACGGAAGGGCGAUAUCUUGCUGAUAAUACUAAAGUCUUGUAUCGAGCAACGUUUGAUGCGGACGGAAUUCUGAGGCUUUAUCAGCACCAAAUGGGGACUGAAGGUAGCUUAGGCUUUACAAUCUUAUGGACGGCAAUCAGGGAAGAGAAUCGUUGCUCCGUCAAAGGGAUUUGUGGGGAAAACAGCUUUUGUACAAUCGAUGGUGCAAAACUUUCUUGCCUUUGUCCUCCAGGAUUUGACUUUGUGGAUCCCAAUCAGCCUAAUUUGGGCUGCAAGUCAAACUUCACAGUGAUGAAUGAUUGCUUUGGGAAGAAGGGUAACGCGAAUUACAUGUCCCCUCUUCCAAACACUGCCUGGGAAGUUAGCGAAUAUGAUGUAUUGACACAAGUGAAUGAAGAAACCUGUUCUGAAAAUUGUUGGAUGGACUGUAAUUGUGUGGUGGCAACAUUCCGAGACCAAAUAUGCUACAAGCAAAAGCUUCCGCUUCGAUUUGGGAGGAGGAAUAUUAGCAAUCCAACCAAAACAUUGGUGAAGACCAGAAGUUUUCCAAGUGGCCUGCCCCCGGACACCAAUGUUGUCCCCACAAAGAUCACAAACAAGCUCAGUAAGAAGCAUGUAAUUGUUGGAAUAGUUAUCAUCACCUUCUCCGUAUUGGUUUCCCUGUUUUCGGGAUACCUGCUUUUCUCACAUCGGAUAUGCAGCUACAACGUACGUACAGGGCAACUUAAUUCAUCUGAUGUGCUUAUUGAAGAAAUAAAUCUGAGAUCAUUUACCUAUGAUCAACUUGUACAAGCAACAGAUAAUUUCAAGGAAGAGAUCGGCAGGGGAGCAUCUGGGAAGGUUUAUAAAGGCUCCUUGGCAAGGAAUGGUGGACAAGAAAUUGCAGUGAAGCGUCUAGAGAAGAUGGUGGAUGAAACAGAAGUUGAGUUCCGAAAUGAGAUGAAGAUAAUCGGCAGGACCCACCACAAAAAUUUGGUUCAAUUGAUAGGAUUUUGCAGUGAGGGGUCGAAAAGGCUUCUCGUGUACGAAUUCAUGAAGAACGGUUCGCUGGCAACCCUUCUCUUCAAGUCCAAGAAACGUCCAGUUUGGAAUGAAAGAAUGAGGAUUCUGAUAGAGAUAGCGAGAGGGAUCAACUAUCUCCAUGAAGAGUGUGAGACCCGGAUCAUCCAUUGUGACAUUAAGCCACAGAACAUACUUAUGGGUGAAUCUUGGUCUGCCAAGAUAUCAGAUUUCGGGCUUUCGAAGCUACUAAAACCGGAUCAAACGAGAACAUACACCACGGCGAGGGGGACAAGAGGCUACGUAGCUCCUGAGUGGUACAAGAGCAAUGCUCCGAUUACAGUAAAAGCAGACGUCUACAGCUUCGGGGUUGUGUUAUUCGAGAUCAUUUGCUGCAGGAAGAACAUGGAAUUGGCAGUCCCAGAUGAAGAAAUAGUGCUAAUGGAUUGGAUAUAUGAAUGCUAUGUCGGUGGGGAGCUCGGAAAAGUGGUGGGAGAAGAAGUGGUAGACAUGGCGGAAUUAGAGAAGACAGUGAAAGUGGGACUUUGGUGCGUGCACACAGAAGCAGUUCAGCGCCCAUCAAUGAAGUCAGUAAUCACGAUGCUAGAAGGAAACGUUGUGACGCCAGUACCGCCUUUGAAGCCAUGUUCUAUGUACGUUAAUGUCUGAAUCAUGUAAACCCUCUUGCUUUGUUUGUUCAUCCAUCAAGUUUUUCUAGUUUGGUCUCCUCGAGUGAUGCAACCAUAAGUUCAUAACUGCCCAAUAAUCCCUUCUUUAACCAUUCAUGGAAAUCUCUAGCUAGCUAGUAGCUUUUUGUUUUUAAGAUUAUCUUGACAAAUAAUCUAAGAGAAUUG